AUGAGUUUCCAAAGAGUUGGCCUCGUUGCUAUGCGCGCAACUUCAGCGAGGCCAAGCAUGAUACUCGGUCGCAACACUGCCAGAAUGAUAUUUACUCGUUUGCUGUCUCAACAAUCACAAGCCCCAAUCAUCACAAGACUCAAGCCGGAAGAAGGUCAACAGAUUCUCGUAAAACAGCGCCUGAACCGACCCGUCACUCCAAACCUUGGUAUUUAUAAAAUCGGCCAAGUCUGGUUCAGUGCUUCGGCUUGGACCAGAAUCACUGGCCUCGUCGUAGGCGGCACAGCGUACCUGACACUUGGCGCUCACGCUGUGGCUCCUUACCUCGGACUAGGUUUUGACUCUACGGCUUUGGUGACGGCUUUCGGUGCGUUGCCCUUUGUCGCCAAGGCAGCUAUCAAGUUUGGUUUACUGGGAUUCCCUUUCUCGUACCACUUCAUUAAUGGAAUUCGGCACCUGGUGUUUGACUUGGGUAUUGGAUACAAGAAGGCCCAGUUCAAGAAAUCAGAAGCAGCUACGUGGAUUCUCAGUGUCAUAGGUGGACUUGUAUUGUCAUUUUGGUUGUAA